UAAGAACAGAUUCCCGGUGUUCCUGAUACCAAUUAUAGUACUGUUUUUGUCAAGAAUAACUUGUUAACAACUGAAUCUUUACGUUCGUGAGUAUUUUAUCAGCUUGUUAUACGAGUAUAUUUGUAAGCCGACCGGUUAAGAAAAAACAUUUAUUAAACGGAAUACUCUUUUUAGGCACGGCUUCUGUAGCACUUGCAGGCUUGCUCACUGCUACGAAAAUUACGGAUCUCGAUUUGACCCAGCAUAAGUUCUUAUUCUAUGGAGCUGGUGAAGCAUCGAUUGGAAUUGCAAAGCUCACUUGUAUGGCAAUGCAGCAAUUGGGCUUAAAUUCUGAGGAGGCCAAAACACGAAUUUGGAUGAUGGAUUCCAAAGGUCUUAUCGUACAGAGUCGAAAAAACCUGACACCUCAGAAAGCAGAGUUCGCUCAGGAUCAUAAACACAUACAACAGUUGAAGGACGUUAUCGAAGACAUAAAGCCCACGGCCCUAAUAGGCAUGAGCGGCAACGAUAGGUGGCGCUUUUAACG